CGUGAUCGGAUCUCAUUCGAGGAAGGUUUUCAGCUGGGUAAAAAAAAUGAAAGUAUUCCUUUAGAUGAAUGGACUGUCAGUGCUGCUCGGCUAGCUUAGCAGCAGCUACUCUCACUCCGUAAUAGGAUUUGCGGACGCAGCGGGUCACACGGCUGCUGUCACAUAAUAUGACCUGCAUGUGUUACUCUGGAUUUGUUUUGCUACAUAGCUAGUUAGCUGUUGGCUAGUCGGCUAGCUGGCAAGCCCUGUCACCGCUAAAAGUGCUAAAAGCAUUGCUGUCAAGUCAGAAAAAGAUCCGGCUUUUGAUAAUAUGAUAGCGUAACAUUUCCUGGACUCAUGACAGCUUUAUGUGACCAUGUUUUCCAGGUUAGUUUUACCAAGGUAUAUAACAAGCCGCCAGUGAGCCAGCUAACCUGAGCUAGCCGGGUCACAGCUCACCGUGUCCAGCUUCAUCAUUCCAAGCCCCCGGCACAUUGGAGAGCUCUCUUCGAUAAGCUAACUGCACCCAUCAGCUCACCGGGCUGAAAAGGAUACCGUUUAGUAGCAUUGACGAUUUGGCGACGGGAUAACCGACCUCCAGCGACAAUGGCUAACGUUACAGACCUGCAAACAAAAUACAGCAAGCUGGCACAGGAGUACUCCAAGCUCCGUGCCCAGAACCAGGUGCUGAAGAAGGCAGUUGUGGAUGAACAGGCCAACUCUGCCUCAUUUAAGGAGCAGCUGAAGCAGAGGGACCAGAGCCUAAGGAAGCAGGAGCAGGAAAUGGACAGUCUCAGCUUCAGGAACCAACAGUUGGCCAAACGGGUGGAGCUGCUGCAAGAGGAGCUCGCUAGUAAAGCAGACUCUCCCUCACAGCACAGUCUGGAGACCCAAUGUGUAUUUGAUGAAGACCUCCAGAAAAAGAUAGAAGAAAAUGAGCGUCUUCAUAUUCAAUUCUAUGAAGCAGGUGAGCAGCACAGACGGCAGGAGGCAGAGCUGAAGACACGACUUCAGGAGCUGGAAAAAGACUCGGAGCAGCACCAGGCUGUGGUGGGCGGACUCACCACAAAGUACAUGGAAACAAUCGAGCGGCUGCAGAGUGACAAGGCGCGUUUAGAGAUCAAAUCACAGACUCUGGAGAGGGAAGCAAAAGAGUGCAGAAUGCGAACAGAAGAGUGUCAGCAGCAGUUGAGGCUGAGCCAGUCGGAGCUGAACCGACAGGUGAAACAAAGCAGCAGUGUUAUCCAGGAGAAAGUGCCCUUCAACGACACCAAACUUAUUGGCUACAACAGCUUAAAUGUGCCACCACACAAUCGAAGGCACCAGCUUAAAGCACGGGACGUGGCAGGUCAGGCCUUGAGCUUCAUUCAGGACCUUGUGGCUGCUCUGCUGAACUUCCACUCCUACACAGAGCAGAGGGUUCACAUCUACCCUCUGGACUCGUCUAUUGAGCCCAUUUCCCCUCUAAACCAGAAGUUUUCUCAGUAUCUACAUGAGAACGCAGCCUAUGUGCGCCCCCUGGAGGACAGCUUCCUGCAUCUACACCAAAGCAUCACAGAGGACACCGUCACAGUGCUGGAGACCGUGGUCAAGCUGAAGAGCUUUGCUGAUAAUUUCUCCUCGUACACCCACUUUCUGCAAAAGAUUCUUCCCUACCAGCUGAAAAGCCUUGAAGAAGAGUGCGACGCACCUCUUUGUACGGCUGCCCUCACUGCGAAAAACCAGGAGUUGCAGAGUGACAUGAAGAGAGUGACUUCUGUGUUUGAGAAAAUGCAGAGCUACAUCAACCUUUUGUCCUUACCCAGUGUUCGGCAGGACGCCAUGCCACAGAGCAGCACCUCCGCCGUCUUCACGCAGCUGGCCGCCUGCCUGCACAGUCUUCACGAUGCCAUUAAAGAGAUGUCAAAGCACUACAACCAGAAGGCCGACUUAGAGAAGGAGCUCCCCACCAUCACCCAGAAACUGUGCACCACCACAGAGUGCCUGCUGGGAUCUCUGGGCUCUCUGACCAGCAGCACCAGCAAGAUUGCCACUUUCUUCAGCAACAACUUGGACUUCUUCACAUCAUCAGGCUACAGUCCAAGAGGCAGCACGCUGGCCCUGAACCCCUUGCAAGCAGAGAGUAUGCUGGCCAACAAAAAGAAAGCAGCAGCCUAUAUCAAUGCUGUCAAAAAGUCCCGGCCGCAGUCGGUCCCUUACAGUGAAGCGCUGUCUAACCGUCGUAUACUCACCAGCUCCACUGAGAGCAGAGAAGGCCUCAGUCAGCAGGUGCAGCAGAGCCAGGACAAGAUUGCCCGGCUGGAGCAGGAGAAGGAGCACUGGCUGCUGGAGGCGCAGCUGGGGAAGGUGCGGUUGGAAAAGGAGAACCAGCGCAUCGCGGACCUGGAAGUGCAGCUCACUGCAGCUCAAGGGGGAAGUCCGAACUCACACUCAGCUGCAGCCAGUACGCUCGCACAGAGCCAUGAGGAAGCAGAGAUUGAGCCGAAAGCUGGGGGAAAAGAGGCAACGCUGUGCACCAGCCUGGUCGGCAUGUUGUGCACAACACCUUCAGUCGAGCAUGUGGGAGAUGAGGAUUCCAGGGAGACGCUGAUAAAGACUCACUACAUGGCCAGAGUGGGAGAGCUCACCACACAGCUGCAGAUCUCAGACAGCAAAGCAGUGCACUUUCACUCCGAGUGUCGAGCUUUGGCCAAGAGAUUAGCCAUUGCAGAGAAAUCUCGGGAGACUCUGACAGAGGAGAUCAAACUGGCCACUCAGAAGAUCACACGCUUGCAGGAUGAGCUGGCUACGACGAAGAGGAGCUACGAAGACCAGCUAAGCAUGAUGAGCGACCACCUGUGUAGUAUGAAUGAGACUUUGAGCAAGCAGAGAGAAGAAAUCGACACGCUCAAACUGGGCAGCAAGGGAAAUGCUAAAAAGAAUAAAGGUCGUUAGAGCUCCCCUUUAAGCUCUGGCUCCAUGUUGGCAUCACAAAAGGAACCUUUUAAAGAAGAUGCCAUGUGUGGAGCCUCCCAGAAUCGUCCUGGUACAAACACUGUCACCAAACCACAGGACGGCUACAUGCGCCGCAGAUUCCUCCACUAUCAAGCAGAGGCAAUACAAAUGAACCUUUUUAUGGAGGCUUGAACAUUUGAGUUUGACUGAGAAGCUUCCUUUUUCCCUUUUCCUUGUCACAGCACCAGUUAAAACUAACCAUAAUUUGCUGACAACUGUUCUCUGAAACUCCGGAUGCUGCUUCUUGACCUGUUGGCCAAAGCAAGAUGGAAGAGAAAGAGAAUUUCCCUAAAAGGGACAGGAGGAAGUUGGCUAUGUUCACUGAUGUCAAGCCUUGAAGACCAAACCCUGUUAAUCAGUGUGCUCCUGCUUUUAGCGCACAUGUGAGAGAAAAUGAAAUUUCAUCAUCACUGCUUAUCUGUCGGAGCAGGCGAACAGAGUAAAUGUUGGUGUGGCUGUAUGUGUGUACCAGGCUUUACAACAUGUGAAUAUUCUUUUUCCACUUACAUGUUUUUAAAAAUCAAAUUAGACAUUAUUUGAGCAAGUGGGCCAGUAUGUCCACAUACAGCAUAAUAUCCCUCUUACAACACAUGCAUAUAUCACAAGCUUCUGUAAGGAAGGGCUUGAAAAUCUAAACAAACAGCUAACAAAGACACUUGAAUUCAUUCCUCAUGUUGGAAAAUGUUCUGUCCAGUGGGAGUGGAGAAACAGGAAGAAAUGUCUGCUUGAAGCACUGAUUAACUCUUUACCUGGAAGAAAAGGGUAAGAUGGACAAGUCAGAGCUUGUAAAACGAUGUCAGUCUGUCUCUGAAGUGUAACAAAAGUCUUUUUUUAUUACCAAAGUAAACGGACGUGCACUCAGAAACCUGCUGUGGCACAACCGUUUCUAAAUUCAUGUUGUAAUGUGUAUGGACGAAAAAAGGGUUAACAUGAAUGUACACUCUUUUCAAAUCAUGAUAUAAUUGUUCUGUAUAAUUUCUUAAAAAUAUAUGUAUAUACACAAAGGCAUUUAUUCAAAGGUUACACAUUUUUAUUUUCAACAACAUUUUGAAAACUGAAUCAAGUUCUUUUUGUGAGGGUGUAAGGCAGGAUUAAGUGUCUGAGAGGGGUGGACCCGUCUGUAAAUGGUGCUUAGACAUCCUGAUUCAUGAGUCAUGGCAGAGGGCAGAUAAUGUUUACAGUCAAAUGUAGUGUCUUGAGGAAAUGAAAGAAAAGCCCAGCAGUGGUUUUAAACAUUUUAAUGGCCAGUUUACGCCUGCCAGCAAACCUUUUGAUCAUAAAAGAUUUGCCAAAGAGCCCCAAUAACUGAUUCAAAAAUAUGUACUUGUAUUCUCACAAUGUAACCUGUACAAAAGCACAUAUAAAUAUGUGAAACAAAAUAAAAAAAACUUGUUCAACAUGUAAA